AUUUUCGGCUCCUCGCUAUUGUUUUGAGGGUAGUGCGAGAGCAAGGUGUGAGGGAGAGAGCCAAGGCAGAGCGUGUGAAUUCGUAACGCAAUGUGAACCGUUUUCCUUAUUGAACUCUUGAGUGUGGUCCGGGAGUAUAGACUACGGGAUGGUCUAAAUUCCUAUAAGAGAAGAAAAUAAGAGAGUGGUUGUUUAAUCUUCACUUGGAUUUCCGAAAUAUUUUUGUUCUCUUUGGUCCAGCGAUAUGAUUGAUUACACACCGAAACUCCAACUAAGAAUCAUAUUCCUGAUCAUGAUCUGGACAGGAAAUACGAUGGGAGGGCGAAUGAACGUGCAGUAUGACGAGAAUGAAUUGUACGUGGAAAACAACCUCAUUAAGUCCUCGUUCCAUGAUGCUGAUGUGUAUCCAGCAAGUGAAAGGAAGGAGGACCCGCGAGUGGUGAGCCAGGUUCGACCUUCUACCAAGUAUAAGAACAACAAUCUCGUUCUCAGUCUCGUGUCUACGCUCCUAGGAGCCAUUCAGUCGGAGCAGUGCCUGGAGCGCCUGUUGUGUGAGCUGGGCUGGAGCCUGAGCGAGGUGGAAGCGGCGAGGGUGGUGGUACAGCUGGCGGGCGUGUACGUGCCGCCUGAACACGCCCACCUCCUCGCUGCUCUGAGAGACGCUGUGCUGAGAAGCGCCUCCUGCAGCCAGUAUCGGUGUGGCAAGCUGCCCUCUCGCGAUGAAUUGUAAACCACGAGAAUUAAAUGUCUUGUAGGUCCUCUCUUAUCAGAUAUUUUACAGUCAGACGUAUUUUUGGGGGGCAGUCCUUUAAGAUAAUUUUCCCAGUAUGAAUGUCCUCGACGCCCAGUGUUUAUAAUGUAAAUGUUGUUCGUCAGGUAUUCCCUUUUCUCUGUGCAUACGAAAGGGUCUGUUUUUAACAUUUUACUUCUUUCACAACGAUUCUGUAUCCUUUUCUUAUAUGCACGUUUAGAAAUGAAGAAUAUUUCUUUUUACAUGUAACUCAUUUUAUUCUAAAUAUAGAUUGCAAAAAAACAAUA